AUGGUGGACCCUGUGCCGGAAGAGGAGAAGGAGGGAGCAGAGCCUGAAGGUUCGGGAGGGGACGGCGCCGCCGCGUCCGUGCCCCCUGACGCCCAGGGCGCCCAGCAGCCCGCCGCCUCCUCGGCCUCGGCCUCGGCGGCGGCGCCCCGCAAGGCUGAAGUCCCGAGCGUAACGGAAGAAGGCGGGCGGCGGGAGCAGUCUCCACUGCUGCAUCUCGACCUCUUCAACUUCGACUGUCCGGAGGCCGAGGGCAGCCGCUACGUGCUGACCAGCCCUCGCUCGCUGGAGGCCUGCGCUCGCUGCGCCGUCAAGCCAGUGGAGCUGCUGCCAAGGGCCCUGGCCGACCUGGUGCGCGAGGCCCCGGGCCGCUCCAUGAGAGUGGCCACCGGCCUGUACGAGGCCUACGAAGCGGAGCGACGCGCCAAGCUGCAGCAGUGCCGGGCCGAGCGCGAGCGCAUCGUGCGCGAGGAGAAACGGCGCCUCUUCACGCCACUGGGCCAGGCGGCCGCCGCCGCCUCGGGCGCCAGCGCGGGCGGCAGCAGCAGCAGCUGCAGCAGCGCCAGCCUCCCGGCCUCGCCCGCGCCGCGUGCCGCCCGCAAGGCCUCCUCCAGCCCGUCCCCUGCUCGGACGCAACCUCCGCCCGCGGGUUCGCGGGCAGGUAGGAAGAGCCACUCGCUAGACUCGCUGUCCCGCCGGCGCGAGGGCGCCCUCAGCUCCGAGUCCGGCGCGUCGUCGUCGUCCUACAGCGGGGAGAGCCUGAGGGAGCUGCGCUGGCCUCCGCGGGCCUCGGCCAGGAACAGCUGCCCAGCGGGCUCCGCGUCCUCCGCCCCCAACCCUCUGGGCCGCCCAUCUGCCCUGGCCCUGGUGCCGCUCACCGGCCGCAGCUUCAGCCUGGGCGACCUGAGCCACUCGCCGCAGACGGCUCAGCACGUGGAGCGCAUAGUGCGCCAAGUGCGCGCCGAGCGGGGCCUGCGGGGAGUGCCGGAGCGCGACCGCAAGAUCGCGGCGCUGAUGCUGGCGCGCCACCAGGAGGAGCGCCUGCUGCUGGAGCAGCGCGCCGCGGCCCACGGCCAAUGGGAGCAGCAGCGCGUGCGCGCCGAGCAGCGGCGGGAACGCGAGGAGCGGGAGAAGCAGCGCGCGCUGGAGCAGGGCCGCCGGGCCUGGGCGGCGCAGGUGGAGGAGCGGCGCGGCCGCCGGGGGCGCGAGGAGCUCGAGGCGGCGCGACGACGGCAGCGGCAGUGCGAGCGCAGCGAGGAGCGGCGGCGGGAGCUGGCGGAGCGCCAGGGCCUGCUGCGGCGGGAGCGGGCGGAGCGCGCGGCCCGGGAGGAUAGGCUGCGCAAGCUGCAGCAGGAACAGAACCUGAAGCAGCGGGAGGAGGGCCUGCAGGAAGGGCGCGAGCGGGCCGAACAGGCCCGCCGGGAGCGCGCCCAGCGCGCGGCCCACACCAAGCAGCGGCAGGAGGGCCAGCUGCAGCGGGAGAAGCGGGAGCUGAGCCGGGCCGAGCGGGCGCGCCACGAGGCGCUGCUGCAAGGCCGGGCCCGGCAGGAGCGCGCGGAGCGAGAGGGCCUGCGGAGCUCCCUGGAGGCCAGCUUGGGCCGCGCGCAGGAGAACUACGAGCAGCUGGUGGAGCAGCGCGCCCGCGAGCUGCGGGAGCGGGCCCGGCGGGAGGAGCUGCAGGGCCGGCGGGCUAAGGAGGCGGCCGAGCGCAAAGAGCGCGAGCACCAGGCGCACCUGGAGGCGCUGGCCCGGGCGGGAGAGCGGCGGCUGCAACACGCGGCGCAGGCAGCCGAGGAAGCGGUGCAGCAGAAGGCGCGGCGUGUGGGCCAGAGUCGGUUGGAAAAGGAGCGGGCCCAGCGCGCCAAUAAGGAGAAGGUGGAGAGGGACGAAGACUGCCGCCGGCGGGAGCUACUGCAGGCCAUCGGGCGCAAGCUGGAGCGCAGCGAGCAGCUGUCUCGCGAGCGGAGGAGCGCGCUGGAGAGCGCCCGCUCCACAGCCCGGGCCUCCUUCCACGUGCGGGAGAAGGUGCGCGAGGAAACCAACACGCGCUCCUUUGACCGCAUGGUGCGGGAAGCCCAGCUGCACGCCAACCUGGACCGCAAAUGACCGCCACCCCUGGCUGGCCAGCCUGCCACGCUCAGCCCUGGGCGGCCUCCCUUGGCCUUUAUGAUCAGACCGUGGAAGUCCCCCGUCGGGGCUCAGCACAGUGGCCUCGCCAGGCUUCCGAUCAGAGAGGCAUUGAGAGGACAGAUAGGAGACCUGACAGCCCCACCGCCUUUUUAAAAACGGACUUUGUUUGGAAAUGACAGAGCACAAUCUUUGACCACAUCCACCCUUGGUGGCUCCCGCAGCUACCCUUGCCAAGCUUCCCCAUGUGUCUUUGGGAUUGGAAUAGAAAAAGAGUUGGGGAGAAAGAGGCUGGGUCGGGCCUGCAGGGAGGGCCCCCCUGGGAGUGACCGCCCCUUCUGCAGCAGUGAGCCCAGGCACCUGUCGCACAUUGGUGUCUGAGGUGACAGCGGAGGAGGCAUCCCCUCGGCUCGCCUCCAUCUUUUUAAAUCUGGCAAGUUGCACAAAGCGUGGAGGCCACGCAGAAAAGCACAGCUCUUCCAGCGUGUUAGGCCACACCAAGUGACCCCAAAAGCGAUGGGUUCUUUGUAUGCUUGACUUUUAAUCUGCCACUUGAGCAAAUUCUGAUCUUAGUUCUGGUAGUUUUUUGGUUGAUUCCCCUUGGCUUUCUAGUUAGACAAUCAUCUGCAAAUUUAUGAUUCAUUUGUGUCUUCUUUUCUCUCUCUCUCUCUUCUUAUCUUCCAAGGGACACAAGAAAUGUGUUGUUGGUUGGCUUGGUGACGCUGUUUUGGCUUUAGUGGAAGCCCCCAGCCCCGGGGGAGAUGAGUUCCCUAGGCAGCAGUGUUCCACCAAAUGAUGCUUUCUUGCAGGGUAGUUUCAGGGGAGGCAGCGGUCUGACGCCCACCUCCCAACGUGGAUGUGAGCCCAUUCCUCGAAAGACAGCAGCCAUGCCUUAAGAAGCAGAGCUACCUUAUGUGCCUGCCCAGGCCAAUCCUGCCUCAAUCUCCAGCCCUGGAUGCAGCCCCGAGGGUGGGCGCAGCGAGUCUGGAGCUAGGAUUUCCUCUGUGGAGGAAUCCUCACAGCUGCUCAGAGGGUGAUCUCCUGAGGUGGCUGGGAUCCUGCCGCUUUGCUGUUGAGAGUUUGUGUUUGCUAUUGUUGGUGGUAUGUUUCCCCCUCGUCCUCCCCCACAGAAAAAAAAAGAAUGUCCCCCUCACCCCCCCCCCUUAAGUUCCUGGUUCUCUCUCACUUGUGACUUAAAGUGUUUAAUCAGUCUCUCCGUGCCUCACCUUUCC